GAUGUUGUUAUUAAUCUGAUUGACAGCAGCGUGAUCCAAUCAAGCUCCGCUGCGAGAGGCUCAUUAGCAUAAGUGGGUGUGGUCAUGUUUGUGUUCGGCUGCUGCUGCUGAACAUCUUUCUCUCAGCACCGGUCCGGUCCACCGGAGCUCCUCUUCAUCCUCAUCCUCAUCUGAUCUUCAUCCUCACAAUUACUGGAUUAUUGCGUCAGGAGUGUUUGAGGAGCCGAAGCUGUAAAAGUGAAUAAAUCAAAGACAGGAAUGUUGUGCGCGCGGCCGACACCACAGAUGGUCCGGCGCGCCUCCAGAACGCGCGCAACAGUCCAGUCCGGACGGAACCGAGCCCGAGUCUGACUCUAUUGUGUUUCCAGUGUCAGUAAAUCACGUGCUGUCAUAUUUCUCUCUCUUCUCUGUCAUCUGAACCUGAACUGUGACGGUGGACUCGGUCUGGAUGAACCUUAUGUUUGAUUUGAAAUGACGACAGAACCAGAAAGUAAAGCAGAGCAGCAGGGAGCCAGCGCGGCUCCGCCCCAUUCAGCCCCGCCCCUCGACAACCAGCUUCCUCCUGCCGCCGCCCACAGCACACCUGUCAGGAAAGAACAGGCCGGGGAGCGUGAGGUGGGCGGAGUCCCGCAGGGGAAAGCCAAUCACCAGUCGUCAGAGGAAGACGGCGCCUCCCACUGGUCCUCCUCCAGUAAACUGACCCGAUCUCCUGUGAAAGUGACCAAGAAACCCAAGAACAUGCAGUGCAAGAUCACGCUGCUGGACGGCUCCGACUACACCUGCGUGGUGGAGAUCUUUAAAGGCGGAGAGUUUGAGUCAGAAAGGUAUCUUUCAGAGAAGCGUGAUAAAGGUCAGAUUCUGUUCGACAAAGUCUGUGAACAUCUCAAUCUUCUGGAGAAAGAUUACUUCGGCAUCACAUUCCGUGAUGUGGAGAAUCAGAAGAACUGGCUGGAUCCUGCCAAAGACAUGAAGAAGCAGAUCAGAGGUGUCGCCUGGAAUUUCUCAUUCAAUGUGAAGUUUUACCCUCCUGAGCCGGCGCUGCUGUCUGAAGACAUCACCAGAUAUUACCUGUGUUUACAGCUGAGGGAUGACAUCAUAUCGGGUCGUUUGCCGUGUUCGUUCGCCACUCACACGGUUCUGGGUUCGUACACGGUUCAGUCGGAGCUGGGCGAUCACGACCCGGACGAGUACGGAUCCGAAUACGUCAGCGAGUUUCGUUUCGCGCCUCAUCAGACCAAAGAGAUGGAAGAGAAAAUCAUGGACCUGCACAAGAACUACAAAGGAAUGACGCCGGCCGAAGCUGAGAUGCAUUUUCUGGAGAAUGUAAAGAAACUGUCUAUGUAUGGAGUCGACCUCCAUCAUGCAAAGGAUUCAGAGGGGGUGGAGAUCAUGUUGGGCGUGUGUUCGUCUGGACUCCUCAUCUACCGUGACAGACUUCGCAUCAACCGCUUCGCCUGGCCGAAAGUCCUCAAGAUCUCCUACAAACGCAAUAACUUCUACAUCAAGAUCCGUCCAGGAGAGUUUGAGCAGUUUGAAAGCACAAUCGGCUUUAAACUCCCCAACCACAGAGCGGCCAAGAGACUGUGGAAGGUUUGUGUGGAGCAUCACACGUUCUUCAGGUUGGUUUCUCCAGAGACUCCACCUAAGAAGUUCCUCACACUCGGUUCUAAGUUCCGCUACAGCGGCAGAACCCAGGCUCAGACCAGACGGGCCAGUUCCCAGAUCGUCCGUCCGGCGCCGUACUUCGAGCGUUCGUCCAGCAAGCGUUACACGAUGUCUCGGAGUCUGGAUGGAGCUCAGCGGAGUACACCAGUCAACACAGCGACAGUCAAUGUAAAUGGCACUAGACCAACAGAGAUGGGCACAGCGUUGUACGGCACCGCUAAAGGCAUCGCCAUGAGUGACCUCAUCACCACAGUAACGCCGGAGAAGAAAGUGGAGGAGACGCGUGAAGAGGAGCGAGUGCUGGUGGAGAGUGUGGUUGUGCUGGAGGAAGAGGACGAAACCACGAAGGCCACGGAGGUCUCGCUGCCCAGCCCUCCGACUCCUGCACGCCAGGACACACGGACUGAUUUUACAGACACUGCUAUAGACGGAGAUUUAACGGCCACCGAGUCGGAUCAGGAGGACGAAUCUGAAGCAAAGACGCAGCCCAGUUUUAUAAGGCGAAUUAAAGGAGAGAAUGUGUUUGUCAGACACAGUAAGCUGAUGUUAGAGGAGAUCGAGCGUACGCCCGAGGAGCUGGUCAAACAUCAGACCAACAUCAGCGAGCUGAAGAGGACGUUCCUGGAGGGAGGAGCGGAUCGAACGGGUAUGACCGAGUGGGAGAAGCGUCUGUCCUCGUCUCCGCUCCGAUCGCCUCGUCUGGAUGAAGCUCCCAUGAUUGAGCCGCUGGUGCCGGACGAGGUCAAGCAGGAAGCAGCGGUCGAGGACACACAAGAAGUGGCCGCAGCAGCGUUGGAGACGCAGGACGGUCUGAACGACAGGAAGGUUGAUGUGGAGUCUGACGGGUGGGUCAUUAUAAACAAGGUUCCUCCGUUUGAACCAGAUAAAGUUCCUCCAGUCGAAGCAGGAACGGUUUCUCAAAUGAUACCAGAAAAGGUACAAGAAAAAGCCUCUUCCGUUGAGGUUCAUGUAAAGAGGAUGGCUCCAAAAGUACCAGACAAGGUUUCUACGAUAGUACAAGAACAAAUUGUUCCAAUUGUACCAGAAAAAGAAGAGGUUCCUCUAAAGAAGAUGGCUCCAAAAGUACCAGAAAAGUUUUCUAUGAUAAUACAAGAACAAAUUGUUCCAAUUGUACCAGAAAAAGAAGAGGUUCCUCUUAAGAAGAUGGCUCCAAAAGUACCAGAAAAGGUUUCAACAAUAAUACAAGAACAAGUUCCUCCAACUGUACCAGAAAAAGAAGAGGUUCCUCCGAAGAUAGCAGAGAAAAUUCCUCCGAAGGUACCAGAAAAGGUUUCUACGAUACUACAAGAGAAGUUUCCUCCUGAACCCGAAAAAGGUUUAUCUGAAGACGUUCCUCCUAAAGCACCACCCAAAAUUCCCCCAAAGGUACCAGAGAAGAAACACACCGCCAGCUACAGAUUCGUAGCCGCGACGAGCACCGUAUCGACCACCGAACCUUCGGAAGACAAACCGACCAAAGCUCAAGAAGGUUCAGAGCAGUUUAGUAAAUUUUCCGACUCCAAAAUCUCUGACCAAGCCGUCUCCAUCAAGGUGAUUCCUGUGACGGUGGAGUAUCAGAGCAUCACCGCUCCACUCAUCACCGUGAGGAAGGUCGGGACGCCGUCGCCGUCUGGCGAGGAGCCUGGAGAAUCUCUGAUGACCGAGAUGCGUCUGCGAAGCUCUCCGACGGUCCGCUCUCCGCUCAGAUCUCCCAUCAGAUCCACGGCGGAUCUCGGAAUGGUGCCGUUUCUCACCAAAACCUCCCCGACAGCCAGAGUGCCUAAGCCCAGUUUCGAUGAGAUGUCUCCUGAGCUCACGGCGCUCUUACAGUCCACACGCAGCUGGGCUCCGUCUUCAUCUCCGCUCGCUUUACACAAGCCAUCAGAGAGUCAGGAGAGGCUUCCCGGAAAAGGCCCGUCAGAAGAGGAUCAGCCGGCAGAUGAACCGCUGGACGAGCCUCAGGUACCUGAACCUCCAGCUGCCCCCUUGGAGCCCGAUGCGUAUUAUCAGUCGUGUGAAGAGCCGCUGAGCUCUGUGCGAGUCCUCGAUGAGUCUGACUCGGACACCAGCGACUCCAGCAGUGUGAACUCCGCUAACCUCGACGGGCCCCUCACACACGCGGCCCCCGCCAGGGCCGACUCCCCCAGCGACAGUGAGUCUGGAGGCGAGAGCUUCUCUCUGUCCACCGACGAUGAUGAUGAUGGAGACCAGUCGCCCAACAUGAGCCCAUCUGAGCAGAGGGGUGUGGCCGAGGGCCACAGUGGGGAGGUAGAACUGACGGCCAGUUUAGAGUCGGGCGUCUUGAGUUUCUCCAGGACUCUGUCGGGAGACACGGACACACUAGACACGCCUGUGAUCCACACGGAAAUGAAGACCAUCACAUACGAGUCCCUGCAGGGCGAGACGGACGCAGACGCUGAACCUGGCAUUCUCAUGAGCGCUCAAACCAUCACAUCAGAAACCACCAGCACCACCACGACCACACACAUCACCAAGAUGGUGAAAGGAGGCAUCUCAGAAACACGGAUCGAGAAGAGAAUCGUCAUCUCAGGAGAUGCAGACAUCGAUCAUGACGAGGCUCUGGCUCAGGCUAUUAAAGAGGCUAAAGAACAACAUCCCGACAUGUCAGUGACCAAAGUCGUGGUCCAUAAAGAGACGGAGAUCACGCCGGAGGAGGGCGAGGAGUGACGCAGGAUUAACAUCAUCUUCACGCUUUCUGGAGGAAUCUAGUGUUCACACUGUGGAGAAUGAGGGACGCUUCAGAGAAAUCAACAUGAACUAAUGAAUCGCAGCAAAACUUCAUCUGAACACUUCUGGAGUAACACACACACUUACACACACACACACACACACACACACACACACACAUACACACACACACACGCUCCGCACUGGAUCACUGUUACUGCAUGACAAGGGAACAAUUCUGCUUUUUUUGUGAGGAGACUAAAGUAUAUAGACAUUUUAGGAAAUACUAUAUAAGCGUUUAGUCAAACCACGGGACUGAAGAAUAUGUGAAAUAUAACAGAUAUCUACAUUUAUUUAUUAUACUGCUCUUUCACUUUAAAAAAGGACUUUGCACAAUAUUUAACCUUGCAGAGAUGUGCCAUCCACACGUGUCGCCCCUCUGAUUUGCUCAUGUUGAAUAUGACACACAAAUGACAAUAUGAGAAUAUGAAUAUGCCACACAUUUUCUCAUGUAUCUUAGAGACGUGUUAUGUUGUUUUACUUGAAUUAUACGCCUGUUUUUUGUUUCUUCUUGAAAACUGUCACUUGUGAACAUUGAGUCUAGAGGAGCUAAACUGUUUGAGAGCUCGACUGGUACCCUGAAACAUCAAUCCCAGAGUUCUCCUUGCCACAUCUGAGCCUUAAACUGUACAGAACUGAACCUUUAGACAAGCCCAAAUGUGUGUUUAUGUCCUUGAUUCAGUGUCAUGUGCAGCAUCGCCGCCCUGCUGACUGUUUCCCACUCAAGCUCAAAUAAAAGGUCAAUUCCA